AUUCCCAUCACUAUGGUGCUUCGAACGUAAAACGCUGUCUUUGUCGUAAACUUAGUGUCAAAACAUCUAAAACAAACAACAUAACCAGCGACACGGAUUCAAAGUCGUUAUAGAUUAACCAGGAUAUUAACAGGAAGUUAAAUUGUUUUAGGUUAGUAAAAGUUGUCUAAAGGUUAAUGGCAGCGUCUUCUUCGUCCUCCUCUGCUGGAGGAGUGAGUGGCAGCUCAGUGACUGGAUCUGGGUUCAGUGCUUCAGAGCUCAUCCCUCCAAGGAAAGUCCUGUACACAUAUCCUAAAGGUGCAGGGGAAAUGAUGGAAGAUGGCUCUGACAGAUUUCUAUGCGAGUCUGUAUUCAGCUACCAAGUUGCCUCCACACUUAAACAGGUUAAACACGAUCAACAAGUGUCUCGAAUGGAGAAACUCGCGAGCUUGGUGGAGGAGCUGGAAGCAGAUGAGUGGCGGUACAAACCGAUUGAACAGCUACUAGGGUUUACACCGUCUUAAAACAGAUGCCUUUGGUUAAUAAAACAGCCAAAUAAAGAGAGAUGGUUUAUUUCAGUUCAUAAAUGAGAUUUCCUUCUUUAUGGAUUUAUUAUUUUAUUCUAUAUAAAUGUGAAAUUUUAUCAGGAGAUACUGAAUGUGAGAUGCAUUAUUAAAUCUAAGCUAUUGUAAGAGCGUGGUUUUCUUUUCUUUUUUUAAAACAACUUGUUAUAUAUUACACAGCCUACUAUAAUAAGCCACUGUCAACAAAAAUCUCCUUGUUACAUACUAAUAACUAAAUAAUUCAAGAUGUAAUAGAUUAUUAUUCGAUUUUUCAACCGGUUUAGGCUAAUAAACUUGUUUUGCCAAGUGUCAAAUCUGCUCUUAGGCUUAUGUUCAGAGAAAUAAUAUCUUUAGUAACAUAUUAAAUCCCAUGAAGUGAGGCAUUUUGGUUCCACAUGGCUGCACUGUAACUCAUAAACCUGCUGCCUGCUCAAUCUGCUCAGCACUUGGAGCGAAAACAAAGAGCGCUUGUAAAUAAAGUCAUACUUGGACAUUC